AUGCCUGAUGAUGGAGCGCCUCGUCUCACGGACCCGGCUGCCCCUGGUGCUACGGACCCGGGCGUUGGAGCUGCUGCUGGUGCUGCGGACCCUUGCGUUGGAGCUGCUGCUAGUGCUGCGGACCCGGGAGUUGGAGGUGCUACUGGUGCUGAGGACCCGGGCGUUGGAGCUGCGGCAGGUGCUGUGGACCCUGGUGUUGGAGCCACUGCUGGUGCUGAGGACUCGGGCGUUGGUGCUGAGGCUAGUACUGGGGACCUGGGCGUUCGAGCUGCUGCUGGUUCUGGUACUGCCGCUGGGGGUACAGGUGCUGUCCCUGCUGUGUCUACAGUCGCCGCGCGCCCUCAGCUCGUGCAGCCGACCUCCCCACUACCUGCUCCUUCUCCUUACACUGGUCCUACUGGCGGUCUUACUGAGCGUCGUGAGUCUGCGUCUCAUCCUGCGUCGCCUGUCCGUCCUGCUAGCGCUAGUGCUCGUAGUUCGCGCCAGCGUCCUCCUCCUGCCCCUGGCACGCACCGGAUGUCUCUACGUCCGUCUACUGCUCCUCUGCGUGCCCCUUUGCCUUCUCCUCCUGCGUCCUCUCUUCCUACUCUCGCCGACCCUGCGUCGGACUCUCUUCGUGCUGCCAGUCCUACUGUCACGCGUCUCCUUGCUACUGCCGUCACUGACCCUUCUUUCGAGUCUUCUGUUGCGUCUGCCCUAGUUGCUGAGCUCGUCGACUUUGCUGCUCACUGUCGCCUAGACUACGCUGCGAGUCUUGUCGCUGAGUCUGAGUCUGUCUGUCCUCCGUCCGUCGGGGGUGCGUGUGCCCUUGGCACGGACGUCCUUGAGGACAGGCAGGAGGAGUUCCAGUGCUUGGCCGCUGUUUCACCUCAUCUCGUGUCCGUACUGCUUACCCCUGAGGGAGACCCGGAUGCACUUGACAUCCCGACUCCGCGCUCUUACGCGGAGGCGAUAGAGGGUCCCUACUCCUCUCAGUGGCAGGCAGCUAUGGAUGCAAAGAUGGCUUCUUGGAAGUCCACAGGCACCUACGUUGACGCUGUCCCCCCUCUUGGGGCGAACAUCGUCAGUGGCAUGUGGAUCUUCAGGGUGAAGCGGCCGCCGGGUUCUCCGCCUGUCUUCAAGGCGCGUUACGUGGCUCGUGGCUUCAGUCAGCGGCAGGGAGUGGACUACUUUCAGACCUUCUCUCCCCACCCCGAAGAUGACCACUCUUCGGUCUACGGUCUCCGCCAGGCGCCACGUGAGUGGUACGACACACUGAGGACUACGCUUGCGGCUCUUGGGUUCGCUCCUUCUACUGCCGACCCGUCGCUAAUUCUACGCACCGACACCUCUCUGCCGCCGUUCUACAUCCUCGUGUACGUUGACGACUUGGUCUUUGCCACAGCUGACACUACUGGACUCGACUACGUGAAGUCCGAGCUGCUGAAGAGACACACGUGCACUGACCUGGGUGAACUGCGCAGCUACCUUGGCUUGCAGAUCACCCGGGACAGAGCACGCCGCACCAUUACCUUGACUCAGUCACACAUGGUGCAGCAGGUCCUUCAGCCCUUCGGCUUCACGUACUCCUCGCCUCAGGCCACUCCUCUGUCUACUCGCCACUCGCUCUCAGCUCUGCCUUCGGAUGAGUCCGUAGAGUCGAGUGGCCCGUACCCAGAGCUUACACCGACCAGAGCACAUGGCUGCAGCGAAGAGGGUGUUGCGCUACUUGUGCAGUACGUCGGGCAUGGGGCUAGUGCUUGGAGGGCGGAGUCCAGUGGUCCUCACUGGGCACGCAGACGCUUCUUGGGCUGA